AGUUUGUGGCAACAUCAGGGCAAGGUUUUUAAACCUAUGCGGUCUUGUAAUGACCCCUCCCGUCACUCCCAGGGGCGCGCAGUCUACAACAGUGGGUCUGUUCAAGUAGAUCAUAAGGUCUCAGCAUGGAUGGAGGAGGAGAUGCUCCCCAGUACUCUACCCUCUCCACUGUAAACACACAGGACACAACAAACCAGCAGACUGAAAACAGACAGGCAUUGGAGACCCUUAUCAACUUGCAGAACUCCUUCCUGUCUAACUUUGUGAGCGGUCAGCAGGCCAAGUCUGACAGUACAGCCAACCAGGGGCCAUGUGUCAUCUACUACACCGGUCCUGAUGGUGAGCUCCUCCAGGGUGUGGAACAGGGCAUCCCUGUAUCUCAGGUCUCGGCGAUUCCUUCCACACAGAUCCAGACAGUCCCAACUAUACAGGUACAAAACGUUAACAUCGCCGUUCCAGUGUCUACAGCAACGGUCUUACAGAAUGUCACUCCGAGUACCGUCACUCAGCAAGCGGGACUGGUCCCUCUCGGAGCCAACAUGGCCGCCGCGCAGCUCAACGCUGCCUCAGUCACGUACGUGACCGGCUCGGAAGCUGGCGUGGUGUCUGGUACGGGAGACGGGCUGGUUACGAUACCGGAGGGGGGAAUGGUGUCUGUUCCUAUCAGCUGUAUUGCGCCGGCGUCGAAUAGUGGCAUGGUGUCAGUCCUAGCAUCAAGCAUGGCUUCAGCUCAGAGCGAGGCAUUGUCAAAUACGAUGACUUCAUCGCUCACGAGCACUCCCGCCUCGGCUAGAACUAGUAGUAGUGUUUCAACCUCGGGAGUUAUCACAAACCAAGCCUUGUCGUCAGUUCGUACAUACACACCCAUCGCUCCUGCUCCAAGUGUACCCAGGGUGGCAUCUAGUCUCGCUUCAGAGACCCCCAACAGUCAGUUUGCUGUUAACGUUGGCAGCGCCGGUAACCCAACUGUUAUAACGUCUAUCGUGGAUACAGCAGGGAACAACGUCGAGGCCAGUGUGGUUGUCGGAGAAGUUGUACAAUUGGUUGAAAAGGAGCCGUCCUCUGCAUCCAACAUGCAGAGGGAAGAAGAGAAGAAGCGUUGCCACGUGUGUGAGAAGGUGUUCUGUAGCUCACAGAGCAUGCUCAGACAUCUGAGGGUGCUGCACGGGGUGGAGACUGGCCCCUUCCACUCCAAGUGUGCCGUGCCAGGCUGCAGUGCCAGCUACCGCUGCGUGAGGGAGCUGGUGACCCACUACAGUGCAGUACAUCAAGCAAAUGUGGAGGUUGAGGACUUGACGUUUGACUCAGUAGACCAGUUCAUGACCUGGAAGAGACAAGAGGAGGCUGUGACCGGAGCCAAGUUCCCAAAGAGCACCGGGUCCAGUAAGAGUAGCAAGACCCAUCAGUACCUGUACUUCUCCUGCCAUAGGAAUGGCAGCAGUAAGCCUCACGUCAAGCCGGAGGUCCUUGCCAAGCCCAGGAAACGACGGAAACCACGCGGCUCAGUCAAACUCAAUUCCGUCUGUCUGGCCAGGAUGUCAGCUAAGAUUGCAACGAGUGGUGAGGUUACAGUCAGGUAUGUUAUGACUCACACGAACCACGUACUACCCUCCGGCAAUGUCCACGCCAUCGUGCCCCAUUUACAGGACGCAAGGCCCGAGGACAAGACCACUCCAUCGGAUAAAGAGGGGGAGGCAGCCUCAGUUGUCACAGUUGAUGGUGAAAACAUUGGUGUAUCAUCAAAGCCCAGCUCACUUUCCAACCACAGUUCCUCCAACAAGAGACCUGCUGCCUUGCAAAGACAGAUAACUCGAAUAAACGAAGACAUUGUAAGACUACAGACCCAUCUUAGCUCGGACAAGGUCGACAAAGCACAAGCCAAUCAUAUAGAGACCGUAUUGCAGUCCUUGCUGCUUCACUGUGGGUUGGAGGAAGAUAGGGGAAACCUGAAGAGGAAGAGUGAUGUUGGAGAUGGGAGUAAGAUGAAGAAAGCUAAAACGUUUCACGUUUGUGAGAAGUGUGGCAUGCCAUCAGGCAUGGGACGGAGAAGAGUAGGAAGGAAGCCGGGGAGGAAACCAAAACAACAACAGACUAUUCAAGACGGCAACAACGACCCUUCCUGCAAACAAGAGGCGCAGGAGAAUCCAUACGCACGCCCCACGCAAUCGCUACACAGCACUCUUCGUUCGCAGAGGUUUCAACGACGCAGAAAUAAAAUCGAAUCAAAAGAGGAGACUGCACACAAACAGGAUGCGGAAGUAGAGGCAGUGAUAGAGCCACAGCAACAGCCCACUGAAAUAACGGACAGGGUUUCUUCUGAUGAAGGGAAAGCACUUGACACAGAGACAGGAGAUCAACAGGAGGAUACCACCUCUUCCACUACAGACAGAUGUGAAGAUAGCGGACCAUCUGAACAUCUAGCAUCAGCCUUACUGGAGCUGGCCUCUCACUCACAACAAAGCACAUAACUCUGAGAAACUGCAUCAAGGAAAAUUCAUCAUUAUAUAGGAUUCUAAAUGGUAUUGUCAGAUCUUAAUAACUGUCGUGAAACAUUCACUAUUAUGAUGAAAUUACACAAUGAAGUGCAAAACUGUUCAGACACAGUUCAAAUUAAGGAAAAUUCAGACUGUAACAUUUUGACUUAAUGUUCCUUGUAGUAUACAGUGUAUGUACUGAUUUUUUUGCCUGAUAGAAAGGAUGAUUAACUUGGACAAACAUACACUCAUAUUCUUCUGAAUAAAGAUGUUACAACUGUUUG